UGCAAAACCCUCUGCUACCUCUGUUUUUUUCUCAGCUUUGGUCUCUUUCCAUUCUCAACUCUCAACCAUGAUUGUCAUGUCUGAGAAACCCCUUCAACCAGUUACUCAACAGGAUUCAGAAACUACCUUUUGUCCUUCUUCUAAGAGGUUGGAAGGCAAAAUUGCUAUUGUAACUGGGGGUGCUAGGGGGAUAGGUGAAGCAACUGUGAGAGUUUUUGUGAAGCAUGGUGCAAAGGUGGUGAUUGCUGAUGUUGAGGAUGCAGCUGGAGCCAUGCUUGCAGAGACACUGUCUCCUUCAGCCACCUAUGUCCACUGCGAUGUUAGCUUGGAGAAAGAGGUUGAAAACUUGGUUAGUUUCACAGUUUCUCUCUAUGGACACCUUGACAUCAUGUUCAACAAUGCUGGGGUGCUAGGGAACCAGUCCAAGAACAAGAGCAUUGUGAACUUUGAUCCUGAUGAAUUUAACAGAGUCAUGUGUGUGAAUGUGAAGGGAGUGGCUCUGGGAAUGAAGCAUGCUGCAAGGGUGAUGAUUCCAAGAGGAGUAGGGUGCAUAAUCUCAACUUCCAGUGUUGCAGGGGUCUUGGGGGGCCUGGGACCACAUGCUUACACAGCCUCAAAGCAUGCCAUAGUUGGGCUUACAAAGAACAUUUCUUGUGAGUUGGGGAAGCAUGGGAUAAGAGUAAACUGCAUUUCACCAUUUGGGGUGGCUACUUCCAUGCUGGUGAAUGCAUGGAGGUCUUGUGAAGAUGAAGAGGGUGUCAAUUUUGGGGUGCCCUUCCCAGAGGAGGUGGAGAAGAUGGAGGAGUUUGUUAGAAGUCUUGCCAACUUGAGAGGAACAACUCUGAGGGCAGUGGACAUUGCUGAGGCUGCACUUUAUCUUGCUAGUGAUGAAUCCAAGUAUGUCAGUGGCCACAAUCUUGUUGUGGAUGGGGGAGUCACUUCCUCAAGAAAUUGUAUUGGAUUGUAACUUCAAUUUCUUUGUUUAUUCAUGUUCCUUGUUUUUCUUCUUCAUAGUUGGUAGCUGUCGGUGUAGGAUCAUGCAAAUGUGUCAAGCUUGUACAAUGAUUCUCAAUCAAUAAUAAUUCAGUAUGCACAGUUGAAGUUAUUUUGAAGACUGAAUAUUGUACGCCUUGAAAGAUUUUUAGACAUUCAUUCAAUCACAAACACAGAUUAAGUCAAGGAUUUUAUCUA